GCGUGAGCAGCAUUGCUGAGCCGGACCCAAGGGUGUAUUUGUAGCCCAAAGCCCUCUGCUCCCACAUUGUGAAGGCUUUGUGAACUCACACCAAUGGCCGGCAGGUACAUGGCGAGCUAGGACACAGCUGCUCCAUGGCACCUCCUCCCCCGGGCAUCGCCUUGUAGGAGCUUCCCACCGUUAAUUUUCGCUCCGCUCAAGCCCAUCGCUGAGGAUGCCGACGGCCAACGGCCUGGCGGUGCCGCUGGACAACCUCCAGCAGCAGCUGGAGCUGCGCCUGGUCUGCUCCAAGUGCAGCGUGAAGGAGAACGAGAUCACCUACCAGCUGCGAGAGGUGGAGCACAAAUGCAUGUACGAGAUCCUCCUGGCUCGUUUCCGCAGCCGCCGGACCACCGCUUGGAGGAAGGUCUCCAGGCGGCCGGGCUUCCCCACCCCAGCCCGCUACGCCGUCUGUAGGUACUACACGGUGGGGCUGGGCUGCAGCAAGCACAAGAACCAAUGCACCUUCGCCUGGAGCCCGGAGGAGGCCACGGUCUGGAACUUCGAGAGGGAGCAUCACCUGGAGCGGCGCCGGCUGAAGGCAGCGGUGCUGCAGGCACAGCUGGGGGGUCACCCCGCCGCCCCCCACCACCCCGCGGCCAGCGCCGCCGGCGAGAUUGCCAGCGAAUUCGGGGGCCACUUCCAGGAGAUCUGCAAACGUUGCUUCUUCGGCUGCCCCCAGCGCAUCUCGGCAGGCGGGCAAGGGAGGCUCUGCGAGUUCCACCAGAGCUGGGACCCCCUCCUGGUGCACGUGGUGUCGGAGAGCCGGAGGAAGCAGCAGUACACCGCCAUCCGGCCCUGCCCCGAGUUCAUGUCCACCUUCAGCUACUGCAAGUUCGUCUCCAGGAACCAGCCCUGCAAGCACAGCCCUCAGCGCUGCCGCUACGCGCACAGUGACGUGGAGAUGGCCAUCUGGGAGGCCGAGAGGGAGCGUGGCUUGGUUCGCUCCGACCUGCUGCCGGCCACCGGCACCUGCGUGGCCAACGGCGAACCGGCGGCGCCCGCACCCGUGCACUUCUACUGCCGGCUCUGCCUGGUGACCUUCAGCUCACAGGAGAGCUUCGAGAGCCACUGCUCCUCCGUGGAGCACGUGCAGAUGCUCUCGGCUGACUCCUCUGUCCAGUGGGUCCACCGCGCCCCACCGCUCGGGCUGACCAAGUUCUCGCUGUGUAGCAGAGGGGAGGUGUGUGAAAUGGGGAAGAGCUGCACCAAGGCACAUUCUGUGGAGGAGCUGCAGGAGUGGAUCCAGAGGGUGAAGGUUGCCAUGAAGAAGAAGAAGCAAGCGCUGAAGGAAGGGCUCUUGUCCUACCAGGACCGGCUCAUCGCCGAGUAUCGGACGUGCUCCAACGAGGUGUUGAUUAUGGCUGAGCACGUGGAGGGCGUCAGAGUUGUGUGUGAUCAGCCCCUGCAGGUGCAGUCGGAGGACAGGAGGAUGAAAUACCGGUGGAAUUUCAGGGUCCACUCCCAGAUGCCGCUGCAGCACGUGGCGCUACUGAAGAGGGAACCUGGAGUCAACUUCUACCUCUCGGGGAACGGGAUUUCCCAGGGUCUCCAGUACCUUCGGGGGGAGCACGUGGCCACCCUGCGUUCCUCCCCACCCACGGCGCUGGUGGACGUCUGCAUGGAGUGCUGCGCCCUGGGCGUCUUCGAGCAGUGGGUGGUGUUCGACUUCGGCAGACGCCCCGUCCUCAUACAGAAGAUCAAGGUGAAGGUGGGCCGGCGGGAGGCCCCCCAGCACGUCCCCAGCAGCAGGGAGAGCAGCCGCCCCGUCAACUUCACGCGGUGGGAUAGAGGCAACCGGAUCAUCGUUCCCAGCGUGCCGAGGACCGGUGAAGACGUGGAUCUGCUGGCCAAGUACAAACCUCCUACUCUGGCACUGGACUACCAAGGCGAGGGAGGUGCAACUGUUCCCAUCACCCGUCUCAACUACCGCGAGAGGAUGCACGGCUUCCUCUUCCGCGAGGAAGAAGCCGAACAGGCUCUGAUUGCCAAACUCAACCUGCGGGUCGUCAUCUCGCUGACCCCCAUGCUGCAAAGCCUCUCUGUGGGGAUGAAGUUUGCCCUCUCUGGUGAGCUGUUUGCUGAAGUGCCUACCCCCUACAACCUCUCGCCGGACACAGACGAGGGGUAUCUGCUGAGCAGGUCUGUGCCCACUGCUUUCCUGGCACUUGACCCACCUGUAGACAAUCGGGUUUAUGAGGUUACUGUGGAGCAUAAAGCCAUCACGGAGAAGACCAUCUGGCUACAGAUACCAAAGAGAUGCUGCUCAGAGCUGAACUUCACAGCAAACACCUCCCACAAGGUGGAGAUCCAAUUCCAAAUUGACCAGCUGCUGUUCCGACAGUGGCACCAGGCUGUGGACUCCCUGUUGGAUGAGAAGCUGGUCCUACCAGACGUUGCCAGUUGCUCCAUCCCCUACUCUCUUGGGUCACCACAGAAAGGGAACAGCAAGCAGAAACAAGCCAUCUCCUUCAUCACGGGCCAGCCAACCACCAGCCGGCAGGUCCCACCUCUUCUCAUCUACGGGCCUUUUGGCACGGGGAAGACAUUCACCUUGGCCAUGGCCACCAUAGAGAUCCUCAGGCAGCCCAACACACGGGUGCUGAUCUGCACUCACACCAACAGCGCUGCUGACAUCUACAUCCGGGAGUAUUUCCAUAACUACGUGACCGACAGGCAUCCGUGGGCUGUUCCCUUGAGGAUUAUAUCCACCGACCGUCCCAUCAACCUGACAGACCCCACCACUCAGAUGUACUGCUGCCUCUCGCCAGACCAGCGCUCCUUCCGCCACCCCACGCGGGCGGAGAUCGACAGGCACCGCAUCAUUAUUACCACCUCCAUGUUGUCCAAGAACUUGAAGGUUCCCCCAGGCUACUUCACCCACAUCAUGAUUGACGAGGCUGCUCAGAUGCUGGAGUGCGAAGCUUUGGUUCCGCUCUCCUACGCCAAUUUUCAGACCCGGAUUGUCCUCGCUGGGGACCACAUGCAGAUAACCCCAAAGCUGUUCUCUGUUGGGGAGGGACAAUCUGCCGAUCACACCCUCUUAAACCGACUCUUUCAGUUUUACCAGAAAGAGAGGCACGAAGUGGCCACGAGGAGCAGGAUCAUCUUCAAUGAGAAUUAUCGUUCCACUGCGGGCAUAAUUGAGUUUGUCUCCAAGCACUUCUACAUUGGCAAAGGCAACGCUAUCCAAGCCAGUGGGAACAUCCCACCCCAUCCCGAAAUCUACCCGCUGAUGUUCUGCCACGUGUCCGGCGUGGCUGAAAGGGAUAUGGCCAUGAUUUCUUGGCACAAUGCCUCCGAGAUAGUACAAGUGAUUGAGAAAGUGAAGGAGAUAUAUCGGAGGUGGCCAGAUGAGUGGGGUACCCGAGAUCUGAAGAGAAUCUGUGUGGUCUCCCAUGGGAUGCAGGUUUCUGCAACAAGACAAGAGCUGAGGAAAAAGCAGCUACAAGAUGUGGUGGUAGAAAACUAUGAAAACUUGCCAGGGCGGGAGUUCCGGGUCAUCAUCAUCAGCACCGUCCACACCAGUGAGAGCCUGCGCGUUUCGGCCUCCCACCACCUCGAGUUCUUCAAUGAAGCCAGAGUGCUCAACACCAUCAUGACCCGGGCUCAGUCGCUGGUGAUUGCGGUGGGGGAUGCGGUGGCCUUGUGCUCCCACGGCCAGUGCAGCAAGGUAUGGAAGCGCUUCAUCCAGCAGUGCAUCGAGAAGGGGAGCAUCUUCCCAGAGAACCUGACCAUGGCCCAGAUCAAACAAGCUGCGUGCGACAAGGAGAGCUGGAGCAGGAGGAGCCCAGAGAGGGACGAGGAGGACAGCGACACAGAUUCCUGGAGCUCCGAGGAUGAGAACAUAAAUCCUGAUGAUCCCAUCCUCCAGGAGCUCUUAGAUGAGAGCAAGAACGUGCUGGUGACAGUGUCCGAAGAAGGGCUGCUGAAUGUAAAGACUGAGGCUUCAAACCUGCAGAAAGACAGGCAGGAAUAUGUCAGCUUCUCCUCUCGGAUGAUGCAGGAGUAUCUGCGCAUGCACCCCAAAAUGUACAAGAGGUGUGAGCUGAUCAAGGAAGGGUUUGACAGAGCUUCUGCCUUCACCCUCAACGACUCCCCUGCCGUGACCAUUCAGAUCAAAGGCAGAGUUCACUGCGGGACGGCCUUCACCGGGGACGAGGUGCUCGUGGAGAUCCUGCAGAACAGCAUGGCUGACAGCAGCAGCCACCGCCCCCAGGGGAAGGUGGUGGGCAUCUUAAAGCGUGCCGAGAGAGAACGGACCUUCAUCUGCAUGAUGGAUGAAUUUGAUCCCCGGGUGAUGAUACCCAUCGACCGCACGGUCACCAAAAUAUUUGUCCCAGGGCUGAAAGAGAAACCCAACGUCAUUCCCAUCCGCAAGCUUGUCAAUGGGAAGUACAAAGUGGUCAGCUGUGAGAAGAUCAGCCAGGAGACAAGAAGAUGUCAGCUCUUCUGCGUCCAGGUUAUCUCCUGGCGGGAAGGGUUUUACUACCCUUUGGGGAUAAUUACGGAGAUUCUGCAUGCGGCAUUGACUUUGGAAGAAGGCUUAAAGAUCCUUGCCUUGGAGUAUGGUUUGGAGAAGAAAUACCCAGCUGCUGUCACCAAGGAAUCAGCCAAAUACACUUCCAGCAGCAAACUAAACCCCACCAAGGAAAAUCUGAAGGACUGUCGGAGUUACAUGACCUUCACUGUCGACCCCCAAGGUGCCAGGGAUUUGGACGACGCUAUCAGCGUUAGGGAUCUUGGGCAUCACUAUGAGAUUGGGAUCCACAUUGCAGACGUGGCUGGCAUCAUUCCCAAAGGCAGUGCCUUGGACCUGGAAGCAAAGAAGCGGGGUGUCACCUACUACCCUCCCAACCAGGAGCCUCUGUGCAUGUUCCCACCCCACAUUAGCCAAGAUGUCUGCAGCCUCCUGCCACAGAAAGAUCGUCGGGUGAUCUCUUUGUUUGUCACCGUGGAGAAGAAGACUGAUGUGAUGUUGAAGGAAGUCUUCACCAUCUCUGUGAUCCGCUCGGACAGGCAGCUGUCCUAUGAAGAGGCAGAGCUCUGCAUAAAGGACCACUACAGGGGAGCAGCAGGGGCCCUUCGUUUCGAUACCGUGGAGGACUGCAUAGCUGUGGCUUAUCACUUCUCCAGGGUCCAUCGGAAGUUUCGGCUGCAGGAGGACUGUUUCUAUGACCGGAUGGACGAGGAAAGCACCCCGGGCAAAAGGGGGUCGCAUCAGAUGAUAGAAGAGUUAAUGAUCAUGUUCAACAGUUUUGUGGCAGAGUUCCUCACCAACCAGGAGGGCACCCGAAAUGUCACUCCUCUCCGGUGUCAGUGCGAGCCAAGCCCUCAGCAGUUGACGAGCAUGAAAAACAAAUACAGCCACAUGCUUCCUUUGUCCAUCCAUCUCUCGCACCACCUGGGAGAGGUGCCUCCUGGCCAAGACUCCUCCAACAACGUGGUGUUCAGUCUCCUGGCCCCCAUCUGGGAGCACCUGCAGUCAGCUGCUAAUGCCCGUGACUUCCACAAGAUGCUAGACCUUAUUGUUACUGAUGACAUCCACCCGAAGCUGGCUCCUGUGGCCCUGGAGUUCAGGAGACUGCUCAGCCGCUCCUAUUUCAGUCGCUCCAACUCCACUGUCCAGUCGAAAGCCGGCCAUUACUCCCUGCACGUUGACUCGUACACCUGGGCUUCCUCUCCCAUCCGCCGGUACAUGGAUGUCGUGGUCCAGCGGCACCUUCAUUCUGUGCUCCGCAAGAAGCCCAUCAUCUAUUCUUCAGAAGACAUUGAGUUUCUCUGUCAUGACUUCAACAAGAAAAAUUCCCAGGGGGUGACGUACGAGAAGAAAGCCCGCUCCCUGCAGAUGGCCACCCAGCUGAAGAGCCAGGUCCUGCAGAAGAUGGCCUUUGUAGUGGAUAUUGAAGCGAUGAAAAAGUAUUUUAAAGUCCUGUUUCCACUGAACGAAGAGAGUCUUCCAGAUCCCCAGAUAAUUAACUACAGGUCUCUUCAGCUGACAGAGCAGCCCAUCUUCAUCCAGGAGCGGAGCACCAUCAAGCUGACGUGGAAGAGGAGGGUGUACUCUGUGGAGAAGAAGAAGGAGCACAACCUGCGGGAAGGCCCUCUCCGCGACCUCAGCGUCACCUUCUUUGGCACCCAGACUUGGCAAGAGGUGCUAGCAGCCAUCAGGAGGGAGGAGUUUGAGACCGCGGCCUCCCUCCUUCAGAAGAGCAAGGACCUGUACCAGAGGCACUUGGGCUGGGUAAGGAAGAGCCCGUGCUUGCACUACGUGGAGAUCUUCCUGGAGCUGAGUGCCGGCGACGCGCUGCAGUUCCAGCUCACCACCGACGUCUGCCGGGGUUUUCUGGUGCCCUUCAUGCAGCUCUGGUGCGUGACGCCGGGUUUUGACAUCUGCCUGCAGCACGUGGAAAAGCCCAUUGAUUGCUUCUCCUCCUACGCCACCCUGCAGUCCAAAGACAAGUACAAGCACGCGGCGGAGUACAGCAAGGUGUGGAUGCCCAUGUGUGCCAUGGAGUCUGCUUCGUGUGCGGUGGCCGAAAACGACUCGAUUGUCCUCCAUGACGUCAAAAUAACCUGGGCAAAGCAAAGGACGAGCAAAGGACAGCUGCAAGGGAGUUUCGUCGUAAACAAACAGGUUUUGGAGGAGUGCUCCAUUGAAGUGGACUUCAACAACUGUUACUUGUGCAUUCGCUUAGGUGGGCUGAAGCUUGAGAGCUUUCAAAGUGAUGAGGAUUGCCUUAGCCACGGCCUCCAGAAUCUGACUUUUAUUAACAAGGACAGGUCAGAAAGCAAACUUAUGGUUGAUCCGGAUACCUAUACCUGGGUGGCUCACGGGAUCACUGAAGAUUUCAGUGACAGUGAGAAGUCAGACAGGACUGGUCAUCACACUAUGAACUUUUACAUCCACUAUAUGUCUAUGGAGAACAUCCCCGUGGAAAUCUCAUACUCCUCUGCCAGGUUCACGGUGGAGAUCAUACCAAAGAUGCUGCCAGACAUACGGAAAGAAAAGGCAAUUUGGAAGCUCAAGUAUGCCUCCGAGCUCGUGAAAAGCAUUGCCCUGGGCCAUGAACCUCCUAAAAAAGUGACAACGUCCAAAAUCCUGCAGCAAAAAUCCUUUGAUCUCCCCGGCAGCCACAGGAGGCUUAACCAGAGUCAGAACGAAGCUAUCCUAAUGGCUCUGAGAAAACCCUUCACGCUCAUCCAAGGUCCACCAGGCACAGGGAAAACCGUUGUUGGAACUCACAUUGUCUACUGGUUCCAUGAGCUGAAUGAGAGGAAUGUCGAGAAGGAGCAAACACCAUCCUCUGAAGAAAAGGUCAAGGGGAGAAAGUGUAUCUUGUACUGUGGCCCAUCCAACAAGUCUGUUGAUGUUGUUGCUGAGAUGCUGAUGAAGAUGAAGAACCUGAAACCACUGAGGGUUUAUGGGGAGGCCAUUGAAACCAUGGAAUUCCCAUACCCGGGGAGCAACCGGCACCUCUACCGCAAAGCCCUGCGGGAUUCCAAACCGAAGCAUGAGCUCAGCGAAAUAAUCCUUCAUCAUCGCAUCCGGAGGCCGCCCAACCCUCUAUGGCAGGAGAUCUGUAACUUUGACGCUCGGGUGAGGAGAGGAGACCAGAUAACAGAAGAAGAAACAAAGAAGUACAAAGGUCAGCUGGCGGAUGCUCGUGCGUAUGAAUUGGAAAUCCACGAUGUCAUCCUGUGCACGUGCUCCGCCGCAUCUGCCACCUCCCUGGAGCAGCUCAAUGUUAGGCAGGUCAUCAUCGACGAGUGUGCCAUGUCCACAGAGCCCGAGACCCUCAUCCCCUUGGUCAGCCACCGCCGUGCUGAGAAGGUUGUUUUGCUUGGGGAUCACAAACAGCUGCGGCCUGUGGUCAACAAUGACUUCUGCAAGAGUCUUGGCAUGGAGACGUCUCUCUUUGAGCGCUACCGGAACCAGGCGUGGAUGCUGGAUACGCAGUACCGCAUGCACAAAGAGAUUUGCGAGUUCCCAUCCCAGGAAUUUUAUAACGCGCGGCUGAAAACGUGGGCCCCGUUUCAUAAACCCAGCGUCUUCUACCACAAGGAUAACGGCUGCUGCCCUGUCAUCUUUGGGCACGUGGAGGGGAAGGAGCAGAGCCUCAUGAUUUCCACCGAGGAAGGAAAUGAGAACUCCAAAGCCAACCUAGAAGAAGCGGAGCAGGCGGUGAGGAUGGCGAAGCAGCUGACACUAGAUGGCACCAUCCGGCCGGAGAGCAUCGCCAUCCUGAGCCCCUACAACGCCCAGGUCUCUGAGAUCAACAAGCGCCUCCUGAAGGAGGGCAUCCGUGGAGUCACCGUCUGCACCAUCAUGAAGAGUCAAGGAAGUGAGUGGAGAUACGUGAUCCUGUCGACUGUACGCUCCUGCCCUCGAUCGGAGAUUGACAAGAAGCCCACAAAGAGCUGGCAGAAGAAGUUCCUGGGGUUUGUUACCGACCCAAACCAGGUCAAUGUCGGCAUCACGCGAGCUCAGGAAGGACUCUGCAUUGUAGGGAACAGGUACCUGCUGGAGUGCAACCCUUUGUGGAGGAGACUUCUUCAGCAUUACAGACAGCGCAACUGCUACGCUGCAGCCCAGGGGAUUUUUAUCAGGAGGACUUCAGCCGUCCACCGAUGAGGAUGGGUUGUACCUCGUUGAGCUCCUCCACUCUCUACCUGAACUGCGUUACGUGUGCCUUGGGGAGGACACAAUCUUUCCAUUAUUUAAUGACCCACGGAGCCAGCAUCUUCCCCUGCACAGUGACAGCUCAGCUUCAGUGUGUGCUUUGGCAUCGUGGGGUUUUUUUUUUAAAAUCAGUGUGACCUCAGACAGGAACUUUCAACUCUAGCAAACCAAAAAUCAUUGGAAAGGGAUGGAUGGGUGUGUAACUUAAUUGAUGACGCUAUUUUUUUAACUGUAAGAUGCUCAGCAGAGCCCCUGUCCUAUCUGCCAGUCCAGCUCUGCUUUGGGGACCAAAGACUCAGUCCGCUCAUCGAGGGUGGAGCAACAGAGCCCUACGGCAAGCCCUGAUUUGCCACAGAGGACCAAAGCUUCUGAGCACUACCACUCGUUUUAAAACCAAGGCCAGGGAAUUUUUAAAGCUUCUCAUUCCUCGAAGCAGAAAACCAAUUUUUGUUAUUGUUGUUUUGUUUUUUUUAAAAUGAAGGACGAAGGCAAAGGGAGAACCAUGGACCACUCUUUGCUAGCCAAAUCGCUGUUCUCCAUGUAAAUAUCACAGAGCCAAGGCCAAGUUGAUUUUGUAAAUAGAUUCAUUUAUUCUUUGUACAAAGGGGAUUGUCCUCAGCAGUAUAAGGUUAAUGAAAAGCGAGGACCACUCCUACCAGGAAACGUUGGAAAUUGUAAGCAUAUUUUAAACUGUUGUGAGUUUUAUUUGAAAUCUCCUCUUGUAAGAGCCUCCCUUUCCUACCCCGUAUUUUUUUAAAGCUGCUUCUAAUUUAUUAACUUUUUAACUCUGUGAAUUUUUCACAGUCUUAUGGCCUGAGUUUUUAAGAGCGGUGAUGGAAAUUUGAUAAACGUGCCACAGCAUAUAUGUGUAUAAUGUAGUUAUUUUUUUGUUUGUUUUUAAGUAGCCAAACUGCUGUGAACUGGAAGCUGUGAUUCACUGGAGAAGGCUGCUUUUGCCCAGUAAUGUAUGGCUGACGCAGAUGUAUAGCGGGGAAGCGGUGCUCUCUGCUGAAUCACGGAGCUGCUUUUUGUAGCGAUGGUAGUUUUGAGGGAGGGUGUCUUUUUUAUCUCAUUUCAAUUCUGAAUGUAUGAAGUGCCUGCCUCAGCUCUCCCCAGGACCACACGCUCGGCCGUCUCUAAAUGUUCACAUGGGAUGGAGCCAGGAUGCAAUCACGGUGGUUUUGCAACAAGUCUCUGCUGUGCUGGGACACGAGUCCUCCUUGGCGUAAGCGAGGGGUCCUCGUGACUUCAGGGCGCUGUGGCAGGGAUGGAUUGUGUCCUGUGUUUGCAACUGAAAAUGCAGCACGGCUCCUUCCAGUGUGGAGGAAUGUGCAAUAAGAAAGCAUUGUGUCUGGAAAAGUCUUUAUUUAGCGCUGUAUUUCUUCUCAUAACUGUGUUAGUCUUAAGAACCUAUGGAGAAAUUUUGUUCUUCUCUUCCUAUCUUCCUAGAUGUUUUAAAGUAUCUUCCUGCACUGGGUUUGAUCUGUAUGUUAGAGACCACCCUGGCUUGCUCUGGUCUUACUGAAUUGUAAUAACAGGCAUAUGGCUGGUGAUUCCAUAAGGGACAAAAGCUUGUAGGAAGUACCUCCUGCUGGUUCUAAAGAUGCUUGAUAGAAGCUGGUAGGAUGUAAAGUUCAUUGUUCUUCUCUGAAGACAUCCUGGCUGGAAUCUUAAAAGAUUUUGCAGAUAUUAUUGCAAUUCCAAUAUAAGCUUAUAUAGGAAGCAUUUUGUGGACUACUGAAAUGCAAUGAUGUCUCCAAGACGAUGCAGAGAAUUGCAAAAGAUGCUGGAAUUGUUGGGAUAAAUACUUCAGCAUGGUGCCAGCAUCAUUCUUGGUCCCUUUAGAACCAGUGGGUCUCAUUUUCAUGAUCUAAUGUAAGUGAAGAGUCUCUUCCCUGGGUUUUGGGGGGUUUUUUUGGUUUUUUUUUUUUUGCUGGUUAUUUCAUUCCAUGUAACACAAAUGAGGAGACUCACCCCAAGUAUAGUGGCUUAGUCCAAUGCUCCUGUAUGGGGUUCGGCCAUGUGUUUGCAUAGACUAAGAAAGAUGCCUCACAAAGUGUCUCCCUUUUCCCUCAGCGGGGAAAAAAAGUGUUUACUGCUACUCCAUGGAGGGUAAAGCCUGGGCUGAAAUGCUAUCCUUGGUCACCUCUGUGUUGCAAGACAAUAUAAAUUAUUAUUAUUUUUUUUUUAAUCUCUGAAGAUGUGUUUUGUAACUGGUGUUUAGAAAGUGCUGCCCUGGAGCACCCCAGCAGCAGUAACAGCCAGACUGGACUCUGGGGCUGUGUGUGGUACCUGUUGAGUUGGUCAUGCGGCUGCAAUAGUCAGGGAAAGCAGAAAGUGCAAUUAAUGAAACCUUUUUAUAGACUGUUAGUGCCAGCUGAAUAUCGUGUUCUUGUCCUUGUGCUCAUGUAUAGAGAGAAUCAUAGAAAUUAAUAGAGAGAAAAAGUUCAAAGCUGUCUAGUUUUGUUUACACACAGAGCUUUGAAUUUACUUUUGAAAGAAUUUUGUGUUCAAACGCAUAUUCUUAAAAUACUUAUAAAAAAACCAAAAUCACCAAACCUUUGUAGGAAGGUAGUAGGUAAGAAAGUAGGAAACCACUGGCACCAUGGUGUCAGUCUCUUCUCCCAAGUAACAGGUGAUAGGACAAGAGGAAAUGGCCUCAAGUUGUGCCAGGGGAGGUUUAGAUUGGAUCUUAGGAAAAUAAAUCUUCAGUGAAAGGGUUGUCAAGUGUUGGAACAGGCUGCCCAGGGAGGUGGUGGAGUCACCAUCCCUGGAGGUAUUUAAAAGACGGGUGGGUGUAGUGCUGAGGGACAUGGUUUGGUGGUAACUCAGCAGUGUUGGGUUAACGGUUGGACGUGGUGAUCUUAAAGGUCUCUUCCAACCAAAACGAUUCAGUGAUUCUGUGGUGCACAGGGGUAUCUGUCCCAUCACAGGCUUGAUGUUUUCCACAAAAGAGCAUCGUUGCAGGACACACAUGUUGGUUCAUCCAACAGGGUAACCUCAUUUCCUCAGCGCCAGGUAGAGCUUGAGCCCAGGUUGGACCAGGGGAACCUGCGCAGGCAGCGAGCGGUGAGCUGGGGUGGUCAGCCUGUGAUGGUCAUAGGGUUACAGCCAUCACCCCGCAUCCUGCUCCAACUGGCAGUGGGAUUAGGGACAUCCAGAACUGGAAAACCUCUCCUUGCAGGAGAAGCUGACUGGACUGGUUUUGAGGAUUUGGGCAGAUCGGUGUAGGACGAUCAAUUUACUGCAAUAAAUUGUUGGUUUGUUUUUUGGUUUUUGGUGGUUUUUUUAAAUAGAAAUGAAAUGUUUAGUGUCAUGAAGUGUAAAUUAAAGAACUUUAAAUGUGGCAGGUUUUUAUCUUUUGUAUGUCUGUGACUUGCAGCAAACCUCAAACGAUGUUUUUGGAUACAAAUAUUUCUACCUGCUUCUACCGUUUAUAAGAAUGAACCUCAACAUUCCUUUUUUGAUAUUUAAGCCAUAAUUGUAAAAAUGAUUUAUUUAAAUAAUAAAUUUUAUUACUAAAA